AUGGCAGCAUUGAACGCAACGGAGACGCAGAGUGUUGCAAUUCGAGGCAUGGCCUUGUUGGCUCCUGCUGGUUGUGUACCGCACAAAAGUCUGAAGCUCGGGGCCACUGCGUUGAUGGUGAAGAUGUUCAAGUCCGAGAACUCAUGGGCUGUAAGUGCAGCCACGUACAUUACCAAGUUCGUAUACACUAAGCUGUUGCGUUUCCCAAGUAACUCGCCAUCAGAGUUGUUCGUCUCGGCAGUGAUCCGAACGGGCACUACGGACUUUGACUUGAUUCGAGACCAAGCUAAGUUGUUGGGUAGUUUUCGAACUCCCACUCUCAUCGCGUGGGCUAAGAACGACGAACAUAUACAGCCAGAGAUCCCACAAGAACUCGCAACGUUAUGUCCGGAUGGCCCCCACCUCGAAUUUUCAGGUGGAGGGCACAAUCUUCAAAAGACACGCGCGGAUGAAAUUUCGAAGGCAAUCAUCAAGUGGGUCAACGAAGUCGUAGCUAAAGACAAACUUGACGAGGAAUUAGUCUCAACUGCAGCGUAA